AUGUACUGCUACACGCUGGACAAGCUGCCAGGGUCUAAUGGCACAGGUGGAUUGGCUGGUGAGGAGUCCACUCUGGACAUGACUGGGGCUUGUGUUAGGGGUCCUGUCAUGUGUCUGUGCAGUGAGGCCCUGGGGCGAGUGGACAUGGGCAGAGGCAGGUUUGACUGGUUUGACUGGGGCAGUCUGCCCCCCACCGCUGGCUCACGAAGAGACAUGGAGUCUCCUCACCUGACCCAGCGCCACAGAAAGCUGCUAAAAACAGACCCUGUAGCCGCACUGCACCAUAACUCCUCUUCAUCCUCCUCAUCCUCAUCCUCAUCCUCUGUCUCCACAGAGGAAAACCUGCCCAGACUUUUGCGUAUCCAGAGAGCGCGUCGGCAGUGGGUGAAGGAGCUUUGCGCCAAAUACAAAAUGAACACGCUCAGGACAAUCAUGCCCCAUCACAUGUCUCGCAUCUACGUGGAGGACAGACAUAAGCUCCUCUACUGCGAGGUGCCUAAAGCAGGCUGCUCCAACUGGAAAAGGACACUGAUGGUGUUGGCAGGACUGGCCUCCUCCACCCACCACAUAAAGCACGACACCGUGCACUAUGGCAACCACCUCAGACGACUGGACGGCUUCGACCCACGGGGCGUCGCUGGUCGCCUGGACUCCUACACCAAGGUGCUCUUUGUGCGGGAGCCUCUGGAGAGACUGGUGUCUGCAUUUCGGGACAAGUUUGAAAGCCCCAACACAUACUACCAUGUGGUUUUUGGGAAGCCCAUCGUCUCAAAGUACCGAGUCAAUGCCUCUGAGGCGGCGCGGGAGACGGGCAGCGGUGUGACAUUUCGGGAGUUUGUUCGGUACCUGCUGGACACACACAGGCCCGUGGGCAUGGACAUUCACUGGGAACCAGUGAACACGCUCUGCAGCCCCUGCCUGCUAGACUACAACUUCAUCGGGAAGUUUGAGACCAUGGAGGAGGAAGCAAACUUCCUGCUUACAGAGAUCGGAGCCCCAAAGAACCUUACGUUCCCCAGUUUCAAAGACAGGAACCCCGAGUCUGCACGGACCUCAGCACACAUCACACAACGUUACGUCAGUCAGCUCAGUGCCGCUGAGAGACAGAUGCUCUAUGACUUCUACUAUAUGGAUUCUCUCAUUUUCAAUUACACGAAACCUCCGCACUGA